CCAAACCGGUCAUGAGAGGCUAGUAAGUCGCUACACGCACCGCGCUUGUGAAUUUCUGUUUUGUGGCGGAAUAUUGCGGAUUUAUACUACGCGGACGCCGCGGGCAGCCGGUACCUCGAAAGAUGGGAGCGUACUUGUCGGAGCCGAUUACCAAGAAGAUCUCGAGCGACGAGGUGGGCAAGAACGUCGCGUACGGCGCGAGUUCUAUGCAGGGCUGGCGCAUCAGUCAGGAGGAUGCACACAACUGUUGCAUAAAUUUUGACGACGAUGCCUCGUUAUUCGCCGUAUACGACGGCCACGGGGGUCACGAAGUGGCGACGUAUUGCGCACGCAAUCUACCGGAAUUCAUCAAGCAGACCGAAGCUUACAAGAGAGGUGACGUGGCACAAGCUCUGAUAGACGCCUUCUUGGGUUUCGACGCUACUCUAACGAAACCCGAAGUGGUGAAUAUGCUGAAAGAACUCGCAGGUGCCGGAUCGGACAAGAACGAGGGUGACUCGAACGAAUCCGAUGAGGAGGAGAAUGUUCGUAAUCUGUGUAUGGAGGCUGAGAUGCCGUUGGAGCAGGUGAUGGCCAAGUAUCAGCAAUCGGAGAUCUCGAAUUCUCACGUGAAAAGUCCGAAGGGAAGCGAGAAAUGCAAACGCACCUGCCUCGCGAGCCCGUAUCUGCGCGGCCGAAGAGGACGGGAGAAGCCGGGCUGUUCGUCGUCCGGCGCUGGCUGUUCGUCCUCACCGUCGUUCCUCUUACCACCGCCGCCGCCGCCACUGUCAUCCGCCGCCGAGUCGAGCCUGGUCACCGCUCCCUGGAAUACGAACGACGAGACGGACGUGAGUAGUUCCAGUCAGCCGUGCGGUUCGUCCAGCACGGUGGAGCGUAAGGAUACCGACGACUGUCCGGCGAGCAAUGAGGCCGAACAGGUGCUGGACUCGACGACGAGUAACGGCAAUUCUCACGCGUCCACACCGGUCGGCUCGACCGCGGACCUGGAGCCCGCCAAGUCUAUGGACAUGCCCGACAGUUCGGGGGACGUGAAGGAGGAAGUGUCGAGUCUCAGCAAGACGUCAGCGUGCGUCAAGCCGGCGGCAGAGCCGACGGACGGCGUGAACGGCGCUGAGACCAAGAGGAUCGAGGACGCGGACAGUAGUAAAGGCGGCGGUGACAAUGUGUCCAGCAGUUCCUGUACACCCGUGGAGAACGGGGACGCCGGCCAGCAGGAGCGGAUAACCAGCAGCGGACGGAGAAGAAUCCAAUCGGUGGAUCUCUACCAAAGUCUGCUGAAGAAGCAUCACGACGAUUCCGAGGAGGAUGACGAUGACGACGAUGAGAACGACGAGACGUUCGACGGCGUUCCCGAGAGCGACGACACGGAAGAUGUCGAUGAGGACGAGAGCGACGACGACGAGAUCGAGGGGGAAGAGGGCAUGGACGAGGACUCCGACGACGAAGCCGACGACUUCAUGACGAACACAGAGAAGCCCGGCGCCGACAGCGGAUGCACGGCCGUGGUGGCGAUACUCAAGGGAAACGAACUAUACGUGGCGAACGCCGGUGACUCCCGCUGUGUUCUCUGCAGAGACGGCCAAGCUGUCGAGCUCAGUCUGGACCACAAGCCCGAGGACGAGCCGGAAAUGGAGCGUAUAGUUAAAGCGGGCGGAGAGGUGACGAGCGACGGCAGGGUAAACGGCGGUCUGAAUCUCUCCCGGGCGCUCGGCGAUCACGCGUACAAACAGAACGUGGUGUUGCCGCCCCAGGAACAAAUGAUUUCCGCGCUGCCGGACGUGAGGCAAGUGACGAUCGAGCCCGAGAGGGACGAGUUCAUGGUGCUCGCGUGCGACGGUAUCUGGAACUUCAUGUCCAGUCAGAGCGUCGUCCAGUUCGUGCGCUCUCGCUUAUCGCAGAACUACGAGAACCUGUCCAAGAUCUGCGAAGAGCUGUUCGAUCAUUGCCUCGCACCGGACACUCUUGGCGAUGGGACGGGCUGCGACAACAUGACCGCCGUGAUAGUUCAGUUCAGAUUGCCGAAGGUGGCCGAGGAUGCUAAGAGCGACGAUACGGUCGCCGCGAGGAAGCGAUCGGUCUCGCCGGCCGGCGAGAACAACGAGUGUACCGCGGAUGAGAACCCGAUGAAUCCGUGCAAACGCCCCAAGACCGAGGCAGCUAUAUGAAGCAAGGGUAACAUCUCGCGUCAUCGAGCGAUAGUCGCCGGACGAUUAAGCGGACGAAUGUGAGUUUAAAUGUCAAAUUAGCCGCUAUUACACGGCGCGAAUCUUUAACACGACGGCGCUUACACGCGGUUUAACACACAUAGGUGUGCGCGGAAAAUAUAACGCUGAUGUAAGGUUGUUAGUGCUGACCGUUGAUGGCAGAUGACUGAAAUCGAUUUGGAGCACAUGAGGAUGAUACGGAUAUCUUUCUCGCAAACGGACACGCAAGCGAUUUUUUCAAUUACCUGUCGUGAACGACACCGUGCUUUUGUGUGUGUGUGUGUGUGUGUGUGCGUGCGUGCGUGCGUGCGUGCGUGCGUGCGUGAAAGCGGUAUGCGUCGCGCAUACGGAGAGAAAUUCGUUUCUUCUUCUCCUCCUUCGAAGAUCUACAUGCGUGUCUCCGGCAUUUGUGUGUGUCGCCACAUGUACGAAUGUGUGAAGUAUUAAAAGAUCGUCUGAUGAAAAUGUUUAGUUAUAUAUAUAUAUAUAUAUAUAUAUAUGUGUGUGUGUGUGUGUGUGUGUGUGUGUGUGUGUGUGUGUGUGUGUGUGUGUGAAUGUAUGUGUCGGAGAAAACGUUCAACACAACGGGCUAAUACAUUUUGUCGUUCGCAAGCUUCAGCAAGUCAGCAAUAAUACACACACACGCUCGAGAUUCUGACGGAACUACAAGCAGCUUUGAUUUCACGUCGUCCGUUGUUGUUUUUAUUUUUUUGUAUACCCUCCCCCCUCCCCCACCUCUUCGGAAGCAUUUACGCGAGUACUACAUUUAUGAGAAUACACAUACGAUAUAAGUAAUAACGUACGAUUUAAUGUAAAUGUAUAAAUUUUUCUCGUAGAACUUUAUGCGUUGUUGUAAAACUGGUAGUUUCUACUCUUUCACUUUUAGUUCUCAUACGUCUCAUAUAUUCAUUUGUCGAUCGAAGUGAAUUUUAUACCAAUGACGCAAUGAUACUGACAAGCUUAUGUGAGUAAUAACAUUAAUUCAAGUCCACACCAUUUGCCUUUUUUUUCUUACCUUUGAAUUUGAUUUCCGUUUAUUAUCCGUACGCACCCGAUCCUUGUCCUUUCUCUCUCUCUCUCUCUCUCUCUCUCUCUUUCUCUCUCUCUCGCUCCUUAUUCGGUUCUCUAAGUUAAUAGUAUUUUCGGACUAUAAAGUAUCGCAGUACUUUUCGAAUUGUGAGAACUGAAGGCGAAUAAAAUGAUUCAGAUAUUGAUAUAAUUAAAGAGUGCAAUGCGUUUUUUAUUUUAAUCAAGAAGAGAGAACUUCUGCAUUUCGUUUAUUAGUGACCCGUCUGGAUGCAAUCAUUGAUUACGUUCGUAUCGUUGUGUCAUUUGUUCGAAGCUACAACGUGACACAGUCACGUUAAUCAUAAAUGCGCUAAUCUCUCGAUAUUUUUUCAGUUCAAUAAUAAUGAUAAUUACUAUCAACUACUCCAUGUAUCAUCCCAUUUGCUCCAGCUACACUUACAAAGAAUAUAUUUCUUGAGUUUUUUAGAUUACAUAGUAUAUAAAUGUACAUAUAUUUAUAAAUGUAGACUUAUAGGACUUUAUAUUUGUAAUUCAAUACACACUAUCUCUCUUAUUUUUACGAAAUAGAAUUUAUUUUUGAAUCCCUGGGUAUAAUAUAGCGGUGUUGAAUGGAUGACGGGUGUGCGAAUAGUUUUAAGAUGUUCGAAUACUAUACUAUGUAAUACGAAGGCAACUGUAUGACGCGUUACCAAUUUGUGAUGUUAUAUUACCAACGACGUUGAGGGAGGAAGGAAACACGAGAAAAAAGGACUCUCUCUUUCUCUCGAAGUGGCGUCAAGCCAUAUCGGGCCCUAUGUCGAUUUCGGAACGAUCCAAAUUUCUUCGGAAACUUGCGUAAAUGUCGAAAAUAUGUUUUUGUAAAUUUAUAUAUACCUGUAUAGAUACACACGCGCGCGCACACACACACAUACACAGUAUGGCCACACAUUCUCUUCUUCUCUCUGUAGCUCUUCAGGGAAAUAGCAAAGGUAUCGCGAAGAAAUUUUGCUACAAACUCAAGAUAUUAUUAUUACAAUAUUUGGUACUUGGAUAUCAAUUAAUUAGCGGAAUUACUUAUGAUAUUACGAAGAGUCGCGGAAUUUUCUCUAUUUGAACCGAACGCAUGAAAUAUUUUGCGACGUUACGAAAUGGAGAUACUCGUGGUGAACAAACGCAGGCGGAGCAUGUUGUACUUUGGAGUAAACCGACGGUUUAUGCAGCUGUGCUGGAAAAACGAUGAGGUUCUCUUUGUGAGCGGGCUCUCGUUGCGGUAGUUAAAUGAAAGAUGUUCUUGCCUUCCGAUUCACUCGUUUGCGCGUAAUAUUGCUCACUUUGUACUUGUCCGUAACGUAAAUAUGAAAAAACGUGUGUAUGUGUGUUUAAGGAACCAGCUUUGUAAUAUUUUGGUCUGACAUACAAUUACACGCCGGUUCGAUUGAAUUUUUAUCGAGCAACUGAUGUUGUCCGACGCUAAUCACAAUACUUGUUUUGCGAUUCUAAAAUUCGAUCAUUCGAAAUUGUAAUAUAUACAUACACGCACACACACAUAACACGACAAAAAACAAAAUCAUACAUAAGAAAAUUUCAAUACGUGUAGAGUUGAAAAGCACGAAAAUCGAUACACGAGAUUGACUUGGGAACUGAAACUGAAACGCUAGGACCCGGUUUGAUCAGCUGUGACAUCUUUGCGAUAUCCGUGAGACUUUCCGCUAUGAUAUAUAUAUAAAUAUGGCUCGUCGAUACUCGCGUGUGUAAUCUCGCAGCUGGUAAUUAGACGGUAACUUCGGUUAGAAGAACGAACUUCUGGUUGAACGCGCAAUUACGAUACUUGUAUGUGUGUGUGUGUGUGUAAAUACCGUUCGCAAGGUGUGAUCAGUAGCGUUUUAACGAUACUAGGCGUGAUAUCUGGUAUCACUCGGAAUGAACUGAUGUGCCUUUCCAAUUCAGGGGUUGACAGCCUCCUCCGCAACACGUGUGUAUGUACAUUCGACUCCGUCUCAAGAAGAAAAGGUUUGCGCCCAAACACCCUGUCUUUAGCUGCAAACUCCGUCAUACACCUAUGUAUAAUAAUAUCUUGUUUCAUAAUAUACAUGUCGCUCGAAUCAA